AAUGGACAGAUUUGAGUGGGGUGACGAUAGUUUUCUUCCAGGAGAACGACAAGUAUUGCAGCAACGAGGUGUGGCUCUGUAUGAUGGCCAUGAUAAGACUUCUUUUCAAGAUGGAAUUCUGGUUUUGUCCACACAUAAGCUAAUAUGGAAAGAUAUCAGGGACAGGUCUCGUAUUUUGGUAUUACACCUGUCCCUCGUGGUGUUUCUGGAGGAACAAGCAUCAGGAUUUGCUAAAAGUGCCAAGAUAGUAGUCCAUCUAAAUGCUGCACCAAGUCAAAAACCUCCUGGACCUGUGGCUCAUAGUGUCAACAGUUUCAUCAGACUCUCCUUCAGGGAAGCGGGCGAAAGAGAGUUUAAUCAGGCAUUUUCUGAACAGCUUCAACAUAGAUUAUGGGAACAAAGUAUACCAACAGCAGUCCCUGGAACUAAGAGCGGGAAACACCGGGCAGGAAUUAUGGGUAUUGAACGAUCUCUGAAACAAAAACAGAAAGAUACAGAUAAAGAUAUCUCUAAAGCUUUUGAAGAUCUUAGUAAACUUAUGGAAAAGGCAAAGGAGAUGGUUAACUUAUCCAAAACGAUAGCAACUAAAAUAAAAGAACGACAAGGAGAAAUAACAGAAGAUGAGACUGUGAAGUUUAAGUCCUAUUUACUCAGUAUGGGUAUUCCCGACCCUGUGACAAGAGAAACACAUGGAACAGGCGACAAGUACUACUCGGAGCUGGCAAAACAGUUGUCCAAGGUCUUAGAGAAACAACUUCAGGAGUGUGGAGGAAUUAUGACAUUAACUGAUGUUUACUGUCGUGUGAACAGAGCAAGGGGAAUGGAGUUGCUUUCGCCGGAAGAUAUGUUGCAUGCAUGUGAAAUGUUAGAGUCUUUACGUCUUCCAAUAAGAUUAAAGGUAUUUGACAGUGGAGUGAUAGUGCUACAACUACAGUCACAUGACGAGGAACAAGUGAUAAGUGAUGUAACAGACCUUGUUGAAGAGAAGACGUCAUUGACUGCUGAAGAAUUGGCCCAAUUACAAGGUGUAUCUGUGAUAUUGUCUAAAGAGAGGUUAUUGUUGACGGAGAAAGUUGGUGGAAUAUGUAGAGAUGAAACAGUAGAGGGACUUAGGUUUUACAGCAAUUUCUUUCUAACAAGGACAGAUUAAUGUCAACUAUUUAAGCAUAUGGAGUCAGGAAAAUGGGCCAUUUUCGUUCCAAGUUUCAGCAACAGGGUUAUGAAUUAUUUGGUUUAAAAGGAUGUUUUAAAGGAAAGUAAAAUAAAUCUGUGUCCAGCCAACAUGUUAAAUCUGAGCCCUAUGAUUUCAAACUGAUGUUAACAGCUUCUCUUCAACUCUACGUCACAAACUAUGUAAUAUAGCCUAGAUAGCAGGAAAGGGGAACAACCCAUUUGUUUCCACUGAAUGAAGUUAAUAAAGAUGGAGAACAAGAUAAGACUAGGUUUAAAGCCUAGACAUUACUACAACAAGAUUAUUGGUGAAAGGAUAAACAAUGCACAACAGAGAGGUCACAGGAUCAGUGGAGGCUUUAUUAAUAAGGACUGUCAAGUUGAUAUUGGGAUAAAGGAGUUAAAGCAGACAGUGAGGUAACCACUCCCUGUCAGUGCUUACUGUGGCUAGAUAGUGAGGUAACCACUCCUAUCAGUGCUUACUGUGACUAGAUAGUGAGGUAACCACUCCCUGUCAGUGCUUACUGUGGCUAGAUAGUGAGGUAACCACUCCUAUCAGUGCUUACUGUGACUAGAUAGUGAGGUAACCACUCCUAUCAGUACUUACUGUGACUAGGCAGUGAGAUAACCACUCCCUAUCAGUGCUUACUGUGACUAGACAGUGAGGUAACCACUCCCUAUCAGUGCUUACUGUGGCUAGACAGUGAGAUAACCACUCCCUAUCAGUACUUACUGUGACUAGAUAGUGAGGUAAACACUCCUAUCAGUACUUACUGUGACUAGGCAGUGAGAUAGCCAUUCCCUAUCAGUGCUUACUGUGACUAGAUAGUAAGGUAACCACUCCUAUCAGUGCUUACUGUGGCUAGAUAGUGAGGUAACCACUCCCUGUCAGUGCUUACUGUGGCUAGAUAGUGAGGUAACCACUCCUAUCAGUGCUUACUGUGGCUAGAUAGUGAGGUAACCACUCCUAUCAGUGCUUACUGUGGCUUGACAGUGAGGUAACCACUCCUAUCAGUGCUUACUGUGGCUAGAUAGUGAGGUAACCACUCCUAUCAGUGCUUACUGUGGCUUGACAGUGAGGUAACCACUUCCUAUCAGUGCUUACUGUGACUAGGCAGUGAGAUAGCCAUUCCCUAUCAGUGCUUACUGUGGCUAGAUAGUGAGGUAACCACUCCCUGUCAGUGCUUACUGUGGCUAGAUAGUGAGGUAACCACUCCUAUCAGUGCUUACUGUGGCUAGAUAGUGAGGUAACCACUCCUAUCAGUGCUUACUGUGGCUUGACAGUGAGGUAACCACUCAUAUCAGUGCUUACUGUGGCUAGACAGUGAGAUAACCACUCCCUGUCAGUGCUUACUGUGACUAGAUAGUGAGGUAACCACUUCUAUCAGUACUUACUGUGACAAGACAGUGAGGUAACCACUCCCAAUCAGUGCUUACUGUGACUAGACAGGGAGGUAACCACUCCCUAUCAGUGCUUAAUAUGACUAGACAGUGAGGUAACCACUCCCUGUCAGUGCUUACUGUGACUAGACAGUGAGGUAACCACUCCCUAUCAGUGUUACUGUGGCUAGACAGUGAGGUAACCACUCCCUAUCAGUGUUACUGUGGCUAGACAGUGAGGUAACAACUCCCUAUCAGUGUUACUGUGGCUAGACAGUGAGGUAACCACUCCCUAUCAGUGUUACUGUGGCUAGACAGUGAGGUAACCGGAUAAGUGGUGACUGGAUUGUGUGAUUUAUGAUCCAUGAAGGUGGGUUGAUAGUUUAACAUCCACUGAAAAUCUUCUGUCCAGGAUAUUGUCUAUAUUCUAUAUAUCAUUAAGGGGCAGGUUUUUUUGGACUGCAGUCACUUGUGACACCAUGCAGAUUUAAGACUAGAUGAUAAUGAUAAUAGUGAUGGAUAAUUCGUUAAAAUCCAUAAAUGGCUUUUUGAUGUAGUAAAUCGAUUAAAUUAUUGGCUGACUGAAUUCAAUAUUCAUAGAAAGGGAAUAUAUUCUCCAUUACAGUAAUAUUUUUAUUUUUUUGUUAAUUUUAACUUAAAAUACUUCACUUACGUUGAAUUAACAUAAAAAUGAAUUGGCAGUUAGCAUCUUUAUUAUAUUUAAUAUGAUAUAUUUUUCAUGGAAAAUACGAAGGUUCUGAUGAUUGAUUAUGGAAAUUGUAAUCGAACAUAGCAAGAGAUGAGGUUAAACAAUUAGAUGAUUGAUUAUAUCCGAGCAUCAUCCCAUCACUAUAUCUAACUAGUGGAGAAGUGUUACUGAGUGGAUGGUACUAUACAGCCACAUUUUAGAGGUGAAUCAUGUAUUUUUGUUAACUGUUUAAGUAAAAGAUUAUAAAUCAAGUUUCAUUAAAGGUUUCUGUAGUAUGUUUUUUGUUGAUAAAUGAAAAUUAAACAUUCAGUAUUUACCUUA